AUGGUGGAUUCGAAAGAGAGCGACUUGGAGAGAGAGAGAGAGAGUGUGACUUCAACUGCAUUUAUUGUUCCUUCUUCUCAAAGCAGAAGAAGAGAUGAGAGAUGA